AUGGCCACGGCAUCAAUACUGUUCUCUCAAGGUAUCAUGACUUCUCUGUCCUUAGCGAGACCAGCCACUAAUACUGCCCCCAUAGCUACGAUGGCGCCAUCCGCUGCAACAGCUUCCACAGUGAACUCCGUUCACGAGUGGCGAGCCUCUGCUUCACGCCCCGUGUCUUCUCUGUCUGCGAUGGCCAAUGCUGUCACACAAUUCCUCUUUAGUCAAGCGCAGCUCCCCACUUCACAGUCGUACUACGGUGCUUUUUUUGCUGGCAUUCUGACCGGCAUGACGGGUGCAUCUGCUCUCUACGCCUACCUCAACCGCAACAAAUGUGACCGCGCCAAAGGCCAGCUCGCGAUCUACCACAUUAUUCAUUUCUUCCAGCACCGCCCGGACUUCGAGGCACUGCUGCAAGACCCCCAAGAGCUGCUGAAGCAGAUGGAGCCUGAGGUGAUGCGUAUGGUUGAUAAGCAUCUUACCAAGAACGAGGCAGACGAGGUGAUCAAGGAGCUCAAGCGCACGUGUGAAGGCUACACGGGUGGAGAGCAUUCACACAAGCGCUUUCGGGAGAACAAGCACGAUACGGCGAAGGACCGCAAAGGACCGCACCUCACUGCUGCUUACUCUCAGUCUCCGUAUUCUCAAUCUCCGUACUCUCAAUCUCCGUACUCUCAGUCUCUGCGUGGCUUCCUUCCUGAACCUGACCAGCCCAACAUCGACGAUGAACGUACUCCGAAGCCUAGACUCACCUCUGCGAUCAAGGCACGUAUCUCCUUCGGCACAGAAGUCCCCCGCAGCGACUCCCCUAUGCAGGAUGCCGACCACGUCAACCGAGACUUGCUCACCUCACAGAGGCAGCUUCGCUUUGAGCUUGAGCGGUACCGCGUUGUGAUGGACGUCGACAAAGUCAGCUCGCCUCUACUACACGGACCGCAGCAUCUCUUUGCGACGCCUUGUUCUUUCGCUCAACGCUCCGCCGCGCAUCCACCCGAGUCGAACAUCCUUGUCGGACAUGCGUCUACACCCACACCAGCGCUGCCCAAGGAGGAUGACGGCUACGAGUCGGGCUGCGAGGACGACACCAUCACUGUUCGUAACGAGCUUGUCACUCUCGCCGUCACCGAAGCGCCCAGACUGUCCGCUAAGGCGAAGGGCAAACGGCCCAUGAAGUCUCUGAAGGACAAGCAGCACGUGAAGCCUCCACACCCACCUCAGCUCGGGAGCUUCGGACUUGACUACACUAACAAAGACCUCUACACAUCUGAUUCCUCCUCCUCAUCCGAUGGAGAUGAGCAUGACUACACUGCGCCCAGCUGGAUCGCAGAGGCAAUGGCUAAGACCAAGGCUGCUCCGUCAAAUGGUCGUCCCAUCGACACACCGCGUUUCAUGAAGCGCCAGCCUCUCCCAUCGCAUUCUACGACUGUAGUCCGCAAGCUUCACGGUGUGAAGUGCUCCGGAACCCCGCUAUCCCCAAUUGCGGGUUCUCCUCCCAACGUUGAGUCUGUCCAAGCUAUCGAGGACACACCAAUUGAGUCUGAAAACACCCUCCCGUUCGCGUACUGGUCCACUGGACCAGUCGUGACUUGCUCCGACUCCGAGAAUGAGACUCCAGACGACCCUCCUGCUGCACUUGUAACCACCACAGUUACCCCAAGCUCUCCAUCGGUGCCUACUUCACCAUUUGUAGCCACCAACCCUACACAAAAUGUCGAGAGUCUUGAGCCUGCCGGCGAGGCUGGAGGUACCCAGCACAUUAACGAGUGCUCGCUCUCGCACGACCAGGAGCAGUUCCCUCCCUCCCCACCUUCCAAGAAGCGCAAAUCGCUCUCUCCUUCGCUUGAUGGCACACCAAACGGCUACCCCUCGCCGAAGCGCGCACGCAGCUCUCCACUGCAUGACAUCGCCGCUUCCGUCUCGAGCGGCAAGGGUUCGCCUGAGCAGCAGCCCUCGCCGGGGCGCAAGUCCAAGACCCCUUCGCCUGUGCGUGCUCUUGCGGCUCAGCCGAAGUUGCCAGAGACGCCCAAGGCGCAGAAGGUGAAGAAGGGCAGCGUUGCAAAGACGCCUGGUACCCGCAAGACGGCGCGCCAGACUGCCUACAAUGGCACCUACCCAAAGUAG